AACUUUUACACAUCCAUUGCCCAACCCAUACAAUAGAAAGUAAAGCCAGGUUUAUUGUAGUGGUAUAUACAUCGCCGCUGACCAUUGACACCAGUGUAUAAAAUACCUGUAACAGAUUUCAAACUCAGUUCAGGUUGCAAUAAGGCUGUGCGUGUUCACCGUCUCUACUGUUUUGCACGUGAUCCUUUCUGACCUUGACCCACAAAGAUGGCCUUCACCCAGGAUGAGUGCGAUGCGUUCUGGAAUAACGCCGAUAAAAACGGCGACGGUGAGCUGACCAUUCAGGAGCUUGCGGCGGCCUUGAAGGAGUUCCGGUCUCCAGGGGGCGCUCCCACCGACAGGGACAUCGCCUUUAUGUUUAAUUCCCUGGACAAGAGUGGAGACAGCAAGGUGUCUAGAGAUGAGUUCAUGCAGGAGAUGCUGAAACCACCUCGCUCUCAAACUCUUCGGGAGACCUUCCAACUGUACGACAAAGACGGAAGUGGCUAUUUGUCACGUGAUGAAGUAAGGGACGUAAUCAAGGCGUCGAAUUGCUUUGGAUCCGAGGGGUUCGAAGAUGCGGUCGAUGAGAUAUUCGCUGAGGCAGACCCGAAUAAUGACGGCAAAGUCACGUUGGAUGAGUUCAUGAAAGCUUGCAGCUAACUCCCACGAAUUAUAACAAACAUUUAGACAUAGUUAUCACCCGUGGUAAACUUCCGUCAUAAUACGGAAGCUAAAUCGGUCGGAUUUGAAUGUAUCCGUUUAUUAUUCUUGACAUAAUUUUCGGACAUUGCCAACAUUGAAAUUUUGAAUCAUUUACAUUAUGAAAUCAACAUAAAUUACAGCGGUCUCUUACUAAACAUACACCAAAAUAUAUCAUUAAACUUUGAGAUAUAUAACUGUUCAAUUUCUACGGAAAAAAAACGACAAAACACGAAGAUGUUCUUACGAUGUGAGCAUUUGAGAUUUCCGUUCCAAGUAUGAUAAUAUAUACUAGGUACUCACGGUAUAUGUGUAUCAAUUUUAAAUAGUUUUAGCUUUUCCUUGUAAAUUGGCAUAUUUUGUCCUGUAAGUCCAACUAAGUGCUAUAGUAGCCGUCAAAAUAACAAUGAGCAGACCGUAAAUUGAUGUAAUUGGUAGCCGUGUCAUUUUCUAUGUUUAGAUAAUGUUUGUUCAAUGUGUGACUAAAUUUCUUCAGAGCUAGCUGUUUAAAAAUAAAGGGAAAUAACUUAUAAAAAAAUAACAUUUGUUUUUCAUGAGUUGUAUAUCUUAGAUCAGAGCCUGGAUAUUUUGAUUGAUAAAAAUAAUGCUAUC